AUGAGUCCACGUGCAAAACAUUGGUUCAUCGGUGGAGACAGAAGUUUAGCUGUUGGAGUAAAAUUACUCCGUGAAAAAAAAGUAAUCGCUUUGCCAACAGACACGAUCUAUGGUCUAGCAACACUAGCUCAAGACACAGAGUGUGUUGAAAAAUUGUACGAAAUUAAAGGACGUGAUAAAAAUAAGCCGUUUGCUAUUGCGGUGAAUAGUGUUAAAGACAUUAGUCGUUGGGGUCACGUGGACCAUAUUCUCCCGGAUCUUCUGCUGACGCUUUUGCCAGGACAGGUUACCAUCGUUGUCAAACGGACUGGUAAUUUGAACCCAAAGCUGAACCCAGGAAUUGACACUAUUGGGGUUCGUGUCGCAGACAGUAAAUUCCUACGAAGUCUCGCUAAAGUAUUGAAUGAACCUUUGGCGCUGACGAGUGCUAAUCGCAGCAACGAACCGAGCAGUCUCACGACUGAGGAAUUUUCCGAGCUUUGGCCGGUUAUUGAUGGUAUUUUUUAUAAUAUACCUAAUAAGUGCAAGCUUGAUGAAAAAUAUCGGGUUGGAUCGACUAUUGUUGAUCUGACUGUCUCGGGUAGGUAUAAAAUUGUACGGCCUGGAAUUGUUCUUGAUCGUACUUUAAAGUACUUACAUUAUUACGGAUUUAAACCAGUAGAACCUUAA